AAAACAAUCCUCAUCCACUCCUCAAAUCACGAAAAUACCCUCUUGAAGCUUCCGUUCGCUCCCGUUUUCUGCAAUGUUAGCUAUCCCCACCGACACAGGUCCAAACUUCCCAAAACCCAAAACAUUUGAAAGUUGAAUUUUGAAACGUCUUACUGCAAAAGGACUUUAGAGAAGAAGCAAAGAACAUGGCGGUUUCUGGAGAUUUGAGGGUCUUCGCAACAAUGGGUUCUUACCCUUUUAAGCACCACUAUUUGGGGAACGCUCUUUCGCCUUCCAAGGUAGGUUUCAAAGGCUUAUUAAAUGGUGGAUUAUCCACUUCCAAACGGCCUUGCACAGAUCAGGAAGGCAACAAAUUAAAGUGCAAUUAUCACCAAUCAUUUGGUAUUUUUGGUGAAAAUAAUGAAGUACUUUCUCCUGAACCUCCAAUCCAAGAAACAGAAAGCCUCCUCCUCAAUGCCGUGAACAUGAACUUCUUUGAGCGUCUCAACUUGGCGUGGAAGAUUUUGUUCCCUUCACCAUCAACCAAAAGGAACUCCAACGCCAAGAUUGCGAAGCAGCGCUUGAAGAUGCUUCUUUUCUCUGAUAGAUGCGCGGUUAGUGAUGAGGCAAAGCAGAAGAUAGUGAGCAACAUUGUGGAUGCUCUGUCGGAUUUCGUGGAGAUCGAUUCUCAGGACAAAGUACAACUUAGUGUCUCGACUGAUAUGGAUGUGGGCACUGUCUACUCUGUCACUGUCCCUGUGAGGCGUGUUAAGCCUGCAUACCAAGAUGUGGAUGAAUUUGGUACUAUAAGAAAUGUUGAGUACAAAGACAACGGAGAAGGAUCCAGUUCUGUUGAUGUUCGAUUCGAUUUCUUAGUCCCCGAUGAGAAUGCUCUGUAGUUUAGGUCAUUAGUGAUUGCUUUUUGUCGGAGUAGUGAGUUAUUAUCUGUGUAUGCAAAGCUAAAGAGAGGAAACUUCCUAAAUGAGACCGAGUAACUUUGUUUUAGCUUUGCUGGUUUGUGAGUUGUUAGAGACUUGAAAUAUUUGUAAAUAUCAAUUUUAACUCUUGUUGCUUUGAGA